AUGGCGAACCAGUCGCCGGAAGAGCAGUUCAUUCGUGCCUUGGAAAAUGCGCGACGCCCGAAUGGAGCGGCAAUGGACUUCAACCAGGACACGCUGGCUAGCGCACUGAACAUACUGGCCAGCGAGAUGAAUGUCAAACCGACGCACUAUCAGCUGGAACUUAUCCAAAAUGCAGACGAUAACAAGUAUGCACCCGGUGUCGAGCCGACGCUCACGCUUGCAUACAGUGAUGCUGGUUAUUUGUGGAUUGGCUGCAACGAGGUGGGAUUUGACAAGGCCAGUGUCAGGGCAAUCUGCGAUAUCGGCGGCAGCACCAAAAAGGCGACUGGUCCCCAAAAGGGAUACAUUGGGGAAAAGGGCAUCGGAUUCAAGUCGGUAUUCAAAGUAGCAGACAAGGUCUGGAUCUCCUCCGGUGGCUAUCAGUUCAGUCUCGGUAGAGAAGGCUUGGGUAUGAUCUCGCCUGUGUGGGAGAAGUUCAAGUCCACCAGCAUGGUUAACGAGCACACGAUGUUCUGUCUACGCAUUCCGCGGAAGGAGGAUCAGAUUCAUGUCAAGACCGAGAUGCUCUCGCUCAAGCCAGAACUUCUACUCUUUUUACGCAAGCUACGAACCAUCAACGUUGUCAUUGACGACCGCAAGGAGAAAGUGACCUACAAGUUCUCCCUGCGUCGCGAGGACGACACGGAAGACCUCGACAUCGGUUACACAACUACAGAGCUAUCCCGCCGUGACAUCUCUCCGGCUCAAAGCACCAGCUCGGAGACACUGGUGGUCUUCAGGCACACCACCCAAUCCAUGCCGGAAGAACCCAAGAGACCAGGGAUUAAAGAGACAGAAGUGGUCUUGGCUUUCCCGACCGUCUUCGACAACGCAAGCAGGAUGACAUUCAACUUUCUGCCAAUCCGGGAUUUUGGACUCCCGUUUCUGCUCCAAGCAGACUUCAUCACGAAUGUCAAUCGUGAAGACAUCAAUCAUCACAAUAAGUGGAACGAUGCGCUGCUCGCGGCUGCCGCGGAUCAGUUGGUGCAGUGCAUUAGAAUCUUCAACAGAGCUGAGACCGAUCAGAUGGGGAUUUUCAAGUACAAGUGGCCACAAUUUGUCAAGUCCACUUACAUCGCGUCAGAUACAAUCAUGGCCAGCUUCAUUCCCGACUUGCGCAAACGCCUGCCAAAGGAGCCGAUCCUUGAGUCACAGGCAGGGCUUCUCGCAACGCCAGCCUCACUCACUGUACUCUCAGAGCGGUGGACCGAUCGAGGCACUCCACCGAUGCCAAUUUUUGGUGACCAAUCCCAUCUCGGGCUGUAUGUUUCAGAGAAGUACCACCAAGACGAGCUGUCGAUCAUUGGGAUGAAAACACAGUCCCCAUCAUUCUUUGCUGCUUUGCUCAAGAAGAUGAAACCCGAAAAGAUGCAGCAAAAGCCCAACGAGUGGCACUGUCGACUUGCGGAAGCUUUACUCGAAGUGCCUCCCGUUACCCCAAAGAGCUUGAGCGAGAUUGCGAUGAUCCCGCUUCGCGACGGCACUUGGGUCGCGAUGGACAAGGCCGACAACAUGAUCUACUUUGCGGAUGGCGAGUCCGAAAUCGAUAUCCCGAGCGGCGUCGAAAUGCGCAUCGUUCAUCACAGCGCUGUCCAUAAWUACUACAGAAGAGCGUUGAUGAAGAAGCUCGGGGUGGAGGAAAUCAACUACAAGCAGGUAUGCAUUCGGAUUCUCAAGCGCCACGAUGAACUAGAUGCGCCGACAGACGAUCUGCCAGCACUAUCUGUGGAUGUCUUGGUCGACCACGCAAGAUACCUAUCCAGGUACUCAGACUGUCUGUCACCCAAACGUCUCAAGAAGGUGAAGCUCGCCGUUUCUGGCAGCGACCGCGCAUUGGUCGGCACCGAGCUCUACAUGGAUUCCAUUGUCCCCAACACCUUUACCAUGAGCCAGCACUUUGUGCAGAGCGAAGAAUGUCAGUUCAUCCACCCUGCAUAUUUCGAGGAUAUCCCGGACGAAAAGAAAAUGGCAUGGUAUGACUUCUUGCGAGAAGCGUUUGGAAUCUCCACCAAGCCUCAGCUGCUUCAGCACCACCCAGGUCCGGCGUCACAGCACAACAUGGGACAGCCCGAGUUUACUAUUCACCCACUAUUCCAAAAGCUACUGGAUCUCCCCAACAGCAUGAUUUGGUUAUCACUCUUGAGAGAUGAAUGGUCCGAUUACAAAACUCAAAUCGAUUUCCUCCCGAAAAACUGCUUGCAAGGGACACCAGUCACUUGCAAGGACGGCUUGCGAUAUCCGUUGAACAGUGUUUACUUGGCAACCACCGACGUUAUGAAAGAGCCUCUUGCGCCCACUGGCGUAAAUUUGUUUGAGCUAACCGACCGAGACAAGUCAUGGCGAGAGCUGAUCGUCGUGCUCGGCCUGAAGACAAAGGCCGACCUUCAAUUCUACUUGGAAAUAUUGCGCAAGGCAGCGCUUGGCAAAGUCGACGUUGAAUUUUCACAUAUAACCGCCCUCAUGCAGAACAUCCACCGUUUGACAGACACCAACCAGCACGACUUCACCAGGAAACAUUUCAAACACAACAAACUGGUUGCUGUACCAUACGGUGGUUCUCUCUCCUGGCUGAAGCUCGAGGAAUGUAUGUGGCGGGCACCAGAUUGUCUGCCUGGCAUCACACCGCUAKCCGACCACUACAACUACGACGGUAGCGRGUCGUUCUUCAGGGAUGUUCUCGAGGUUUACGAUGUCACACCGGACAACAUCGCAGAACAACUCGACUGCAAUGAUGGAAGGCUUGACGAAGUUGCAAACACCAAGGCGCUUCUUGCGGCACUCAGCGACCAGGUGAAGAGGCCAKGGUUCCAAAUGGACUUUGACUUACUCCUCCUUCGACGAAUUUCAGUUUUCCCAAUAUGGCAGUUGUCAGGAAAGCGAGAUCUUGUCUCUUCUGACGAUGAGACAUGGUUCAUUGCCGAUGACCACAAUCAUCAGAAGUGCUUCCAAGGCAGAGUUGCGCUGCUGGACUUUCCUAUUGCGGAGACAGCUCGCCUGAUGCCACUUCUCAAACUCCUCGGUGCUGAACGGAGGACUCUUUCAGGCAGCGUGACGGAAGAUAUGGUCUUCCAAGGCACGAGCAAGUAUCUAUCUGAGCUCAGUGUGGAGCUUCGGUCGAAGGCAAAGUAUAUUGCGUUGCUUGUACCCACACAUAACAGCAUCGCAGUUGAAAUACAGCUGAAUACGAUCGAGGUCUACGCGUCCAAGGGAAUGCAGCUGAGACGAUUUGUCCGGAUCGGGGACAAGAAAGUCUACGGCGCCAACGAAUCUGGAAAAGCCAUGUUGCAAAAACUUGAUACUGGCAUGCGGCUACACUGUCGUGCCAGAGCCAUCAAGAAGGAUCGUGCUCCGUGGCAUUUUAUCCUCGAGACCAUGUCGAAAGUAUUGCGCAUCCCAGAAGAGCAACGCGAGACUUUGCUCGUCAUACUCGUCACCCCAGCUGGUCCGCUCAUCGAAGAGAUCUUGAGCAAGAAGGGUCUAUGGGAUGGGGCAGUCACUGAUGUUGACGAUGUUGAGGAAGAAGACGACGAGCCGGAGGAUAUUCCCAAGCAGCAGGAGCGUUCCACUGAGCGGGCUGAGAAUGCCAGGCCCGUCACGGUUGAGGACGAUGAGUCAGUUGACGAUGAUAUUUUAUUCGUCGCGGAGCAUCGAAAGUCCGACGCAAGUGACGAGAACUCCGAUAAUGGUGCGUCCAGCCCCAACGGAACGCCUUGGGGAACUCCAGAGGCCCCUCAGACCACCCGUACCACCCCACGGUCGUCUGGAUCGCGCCGUAAUCUUCCAAGGGUCUUCAUCAAGAAAGGUCCAAGUUUGGCAGAGGCACGGGCCGCAAAGAAGGCGCAACGAGAGCAGAUGGCUGUUGAUGCGCUCGUUAAUGCUGCGGGCAGCUACGACAUGGAGGACGUUGAAGUUCAUGGGCCGCCUCGCACCGCGACAAACCCACCUGAACAUUUGGCAGGCCUGGUAUUCGAGCCAAUACAGGCUCUAUCCGACCAUCCCGAUCAGAAUGACAGGACUCGCUACCACGGCGAACUUUUUGUUCGUGAGCUUCUCUCCUCUUACAUCGAAGCCUCGGACGAUGCCUGGACUUCGCCGAUGCGCACCCGCCAGAAGCUGGGAAAACUUGAAAUUGAGGAGCUGGACGAGAGCUCCACCUUCACAAUCAUCGGAUCCGAGCUGUGUGACCGCAUCACAGAAUGGCUUGAAGAGAGAGGCUACGAUGCCCGGGACAUGCAGGAUCAACCUCCGGAAACGUAUCACAUCUACGUCAAGGCGACUGAAGGAGACUUGGAAGAUCCCUUCUCGUUAUCCAACAGGGAGUUUGAGCUUGCCAAGGACUGGAGCGCGAGCGGUACCGACAAAGUUCUCCUAUUCCGUGUCUUCGAGCUGCACAAAGACCCGAAGUUCGUUAUCCUGGUCGACCCAACGGAACUGAUGCAGAGCGGAAAAGUGACCAUGACGGCGAUCGAUGGGUUCUCUGUGAGCAUCACUUGA